UCGUCAAAAACAUCGAUUCAUACAUUUCACAUAUCGAUAACCGAAAAUUUGUAUUAUUCCUCUUUUCUUUGAUGUCUUGCGAAUGACAUCGUUUUGCUGUAAUAAUUAAAACGGCAUAAGCAGAACUAAGUACCAUGUCACGUUUCUUUGCCAACGGCUCCGACUCGGAAUCCGAAUCCAGCGAAGAAGAGGUUCAAGCAUCAAACUUCAACAAAGCGAAUAACUUCCAAUUCAGCGAUGACGAAGAGGAAGUUAAGCGUGUGGUGCGCUCCACCAAGGAAAAGCGCUAUGAGAACUUAACAGGCAUCAUCAAAACGAUACGCAACCAUAAGAAGAUUAAGGACAUACCGAAUACGCUGAGCAGCUUUGAGGAUUUGACGCGCGCUUACACGAAGGCGCUGCCCGUCAUCUCGAAGGAAGAGAACGGCAUUACACCGCGCUUUUACAUUCGCUGCCUUGCCGAGCUUGAAGAUUUCAUCAAUGAGGUGUGGGAGGAUCGAGAGGGGCGCAAAAAUCUCUCGAAAAACAACUCAAAGUCGCUGGGCACGUUGCGUCAAAAGGUGCGGAAGUAUAUCAAAGAUUUUGAAGAGGACCUCGCGCGUUUCCGAGAAGCACCCGACCAGGAAAGUGACGUCGAUGAGGGCGAAGGGGAGGCACACGAUAGCGACGCCGAACGCGCAGGCGCUGACAGCGAUGGCGGCAUUGGCGCCGGCACUGGCAAACUGGCCGAAUUGCCCAAGGCAGCGAAAUUGGUGCCUACCAAAGUGGCUGCGGACGAGGAUGAUUCUGAUGAUUCGAUCGAUUGGGACUCUGACACCGAGUCGGAGACCGAAUCCUCAGAGGAUGAGAAUCUAUACCAGAACAUGCGUGAGCGUUUCCUUAAGCGCACCACCGAGAAGGAGGACAAGGAUGACGACAAGCGCAAGGACAAGCGUAAGGAGCAGAAGCACAAGGUGCGCAAGCGCGCCGAUGACGAUGAAGAUGGCGAAUGGGAGACCGUCGUCAAGGGCAAUGUCGUUGAGAAGCCCAAAAUGUUUGAAAAGGAUGCUGAAAUCGAUAUUCCCCUCGUGCUUGCCAAACUGGUAGAAAUAAUGUCAGCACGCGGCAAGAAGCGUACCGAUCGCCGUCUGCAAAUUGAUUUGCUGUUCGAGCUGCGCGACAUCUCCGAGCAACAUGAACUGGGAACGCCCAUUAGCGUGAAGAUUCACUUCAACAUCAUUUCGGCCAUUUUCGACUACAAUCAAAAGAUAUCCGAGCCCAUGAAGCUGGAGCACUGGGCCCUGUUGCUCGAGGUGAUGCAGAGCAUGCUGAAACUGUUGCUCGCCAAUCCGGAAAUCAACAUGAACGAGAGCGUGGCCGAGGAACACGAGGAAUAUGGAGCUGCGCCGUAUUUCAUUCGCGGCUGUCCGUUGGCUGCCGUCGAACGUCUGGAUGAUGAGUUCACCAAGCUGCUGAAGGAGUGCGAUCCGCACUCAAAUGACUAUGUUUCGCGGCUGAAGGAUGAGAUCAAUGUGGUUAAAACCAUUGAGCUGGUUGUCCAAUACUUCGAGCGCUGCGGCAGCAACAACGAGCGUUGUCGCAUUUACCUGCGAAAGAUCGAGCAUCUGUACUACAAGUUCGAUCCGGAGGUGCUCAAGCGCAAGCGGGGUGAACUGCCAGCUGCGGGCACAGCUCCGUCUUCCGUCGAGGUAAUGGACAAGCUGUGCAAGUUUAUCUAUGCCAAGGACGACACAGAUCGGAUUAGGACGCGCGCAAUACUGGCGCACAUCUAUCAUCAUGCGAUGCACGACAACUGGUUCCAGGCGCGCGAUUUGGUUCUGAUGUCGCAUUUGCAAGACAACAUCGAUGCGGCAGAUCCCUCGACGCGUAUUCUAUACAAUCGCAUGAUGGCCAAUCUGGGCCUGUGCGCAUUCCGCCAGGAGAACAUAAAGGAUGCCCAUCAUUGUCUGGUCGAUCUGAUGGUCACCGGCAAGCCAAAGGAGUUGCUUGCUCAGGGACUGUUGCCUCAGCGUCAGCACGAACGCUCCGCCGAGCAGGAGAAGAUCGAGAAGCAGCGCCAAAUGCCAUUCCACAUGCACAUCAAUCUCGAACUGCUGGAGUGCGUUUAUCUGGUCUCGGCAAUGCUUCUGGAGAUACCCUACAUAGCCGCACACGAGUUUGAUGCACGCCGUCGUAUGAUCAGCAAAACGUUCUACCAGCAGCUACGCUCCUCCGAACGUCAGUCCCUGGUGGGUCCACCCGAAUCGAUGCGCGAGCACGUUGUGGCAGCCGCCAAGGCCAUGCGCUGCGGCAACUGGCAGGCGUGUGCCAAUUUCAUAGUUAACAAGAAGAUGAACACAAAGGUGUGGGAUCUCUUCUACGAGUCGGAGCGUGUGCGCGAAAUGCUGGUCAAGUUCAUCAAGGAGGAGUCGCUGCGCACAUAUCUGUUCACCUACUCGAAUGUGUACACUUCGAUUAGCAUACCAUCGCUGGCGCAAAUGUAUGAGCUGCCUCUUCCAAAGGUGCAUUCGAUUAUCAGCAAGAUGAUUAUCAACGAGGAGCUGAUGGCUAGCCUCGACGAUCCCAGCGAAACGGUGGUCAUGCAUCGAUCGGAACCGUCGCGCCUGCAGGCCCUGGCCAUGCAGUUCGUUGACAAGGUGACCAACCUGGUGGACGUCAAUGAGAAGGUGUUCGACAUGAAGCAGGGCAACUUCUUCCAGCGCGGCAACAUGGGCAACCGUGACCGCGGCUACAAUCGCAACCAGAAUAACCAAGGCGGCAACUGGGGCGGCCAGCGUCGCGACAAUCGCAAUCAGCGCAACCGCAACCAACGUGGACACCACAAGCAACAGCAGCAGCAGCAGCAACAACAAGUGCAGACCAUCGAGGAAGAGUAGACACAGUCAUCUAAGUAGAAGCCUUUAAACAAAUUUCAUGAACAAUACACUGCGUAUAAGGAAAUGGAUCUGUGGAAGAGGAACAGCUGCUGAUGCCGACUGUGGCCAGACCUCCGAUUCAGUCAAGCCCUGAAUCGGAGGUCUACAUUCAUUAUUCAGCCUUUCAUUGUAACCAUUUUAUCCUUAUUUAUUACGCUGUACUGUGAAUUUGUUUCAACGCUCAUUAUGCUUAAAAAAAAAGAAAAAAAACUAAUUGAUAAAUGCAUUUUGUAUGAACUAAAAUCUAAAGUGCGCAAGUCUUUGAUUAAAAUAAA